AUAGCAGAUCCAUCUCCUCCCUCUGCAGCCGCCCAUUCACUCCUCCACGCGCGCCCUAGAGCAGCCUGCUUGGCUUGCUGGCCCCCGUGGAGACGAUGGAACAUGGCGCCUGCAAUGUCAUCUAUACCAACCGCCGUGCCCAUGACGAGCACAUCCGGAGGGGUUCGCUGUCCUCGUCGUUGGUUGCCCACACCACCGCCGGCACUCUUCCUCAAGGAUACUUCUCCUUAGGCAAGACAUCCCCGAGAGAGAUCCAUGACAACGUAGAGUUGCUCCUCUCGACGUUCAAUCAAGUCCAUAUAUGCGGAUCCGGCCAGUCCUGCCUCAAUAAAAUCUCCGAAUUGCUCGAGUCCGCCGCAGCCGAUAACCCCACCAUUGUCCUAAUCGACAUCCCUUACGACGAGGAGCAACGGCUCAAGCGUCUCUCCCGCGAACCCCGUACUCCCUCGCCGACGGCAACCAGGACAAGAAGGAGUGACACGGCCGAGCUAGAAGACCUGUAUGGUUUCCAUUUGCUCACCCACGUCUCCUCCGAGAUCCAGUCCCAGAACUUUUCGAGGCUAGUCAUACCCAUAGCCAUCUUGAGCGGUUUCGAUCGUGGCAGCAUGACGCCCACUACGUUUCCGGCGUCAGCGCAGCAGACGCCCCAGCUUCUCACCGAUCCCUUGCGCCUGGCUCGCUAUCUGGAUGCCGGAGCCGUCGAUGUAUUAUCAAGCCCCCUUUCUGCCGACAAUGUGCAGGGUCUAGCGGUCCACGCCUACCGGAUACACAAGGAGGUCUCGCGAGCCGAAGCCGCCUUUCUCACCACCAAGAGAAAGCGCAAGCUCUCCUGGGUUGGUGUCAACGACACGAAGCCGUACGCAUACCUCCGUGAAGCCAUGGUCUCGAGUCUCAUGAGCGGCAUAUGUAAUCCCGAGACGGUCGGCGAGUCUCUGGAUCCCAGGGAUUUGUAUGUGGACGAAGACCGCCGCCCUGUCAUCGCCGCCGCCAUUGGAUCCUGGGCCUUUUCGGCCCAUGACUUUACCGACGAUGAGCUAUUGUACGGUGCACUUCUCAUGGUGAAGCACGCCCUGGAGAUGCCCGAGGUGGAAGAAUGGCGUAUGACUGACGACGAGCUGAUCAUCUUCCUGCUUGCGAGCCGUACCGCUUACAAUGAAUUCGUCCUUUACCAUAACUUUCGGCACGUUUCCGAUGUCCUCCAAGCUGUGUUCUUCUUUCUGGUCCAGAUAGGCGCUCUUCCGCCAUAUCCCUCUGGGAGUCCGCCCGUCGAUCCCUCACACCGGUCGCCAAUUGCGCACAUCCUCGGUCCCUUCGACGCUCUCACCCUCUUGAUAUCGGCAAUCGGACACGAUGUAGGACAUCCAGGCGUAAACAACGCUUUCCUGGUCGCGCUCAAUGCGCCGCUAGCGCAGCUCUACAACGACCGCUCCGUUCUUGAGUCGUUCCACUGCGCAGCUUAUGCCCAGAUUUUGCGUCGCUACUGGCCCAAAGCAUUUGCGGAUGCCAAGAUGAGGAAGUUGAUGAUCAACAGCAUAUUGGCUACAGACAUGGGGCUGCAUUUCAAAUACAUGUCCGAUCUCGGCAAUUUGCAGGAGAAGGUUGGCCACGAUAAAGACAUUGUCGAGGAGUGGAACGCCAAAGUACGUGAGGAGCACAAAGACUUGACCUGCGGCCUCCUUAUCAAGUGUGCAGACAUUAGCAAUGUCGCUCGAAAGUUUGAUGUGGCUGUGAAAUGGGCCCAUAUCUUGACAGACGAAUUCAGCAAUCAAGGCGUCAUGGAGCAAGAGCUGGAGAUUCCGUCUUGCCUCUUCGGUGGGCCACCAGUGCGUGACGAUCUCAUCAAGCUGGGCGAGUCGCAGAUUGGCUUCAUCAACAUUUUUGCGAAACCCCUUUUUGAAGGGGUCGCCGACAUCCUUCCCGGCAUGCAGUUCGCUGUCGACGAGAUGGCGACCAACGAAGCCACAUGGGUCGAGAAGAUAGCGGAGGCGAAGCGGAGGAAGGAGAAGGAUCCUCAUAUUCACCUCGGCUUACUUUCCCAUCGUAUCUCUGUCGACCCCGAUCCCAGCCCUUUCUCGGACCCUGCGCUACGCAGCGCUCCCGAUCGCACCGAGCAGCCUACCUCAUACCCGGAAUCUACUGCUCCGGAUGAUAAGGGUCGAAAAGGGUCCCGUGGCUCUGUUGAGGAAGCUCCUGCAAUUCGGAGAGCAUCUCUGGGCUUUGACAAGAGCGCCUCAAUGCCAGGUGUACGAUCACCGGCCUCUCUUGAGAAUCUGCGCCAGUCUAGGCGAGGCAGCGGAGACGCGAGUAUAACGGCUUUCAUAGUCACAGAGAGCCCGGACGCAUCCGAAGAUGCUGCUACCGACGUGAGGCAGAGUUCUGCUGCGAGAUCUCGGUCGCCAGCGAAGCGGAAGGACACACUGACCAGGCAGUCGCCGCAGAGAGGGUACCGAACUGGUUCGGACGAAGUUGGACAUGGUGCGAGACCGGUGACGGCGCCGUCAAGGCGCAGCCCGGGGAAGAGUCCAAGUCCGCACAAGUCAUGUUCUUACGAUGUCCUUCGUCCAGGUGGUGGAGGUGGGCCUGACCUCGAUUCAAACCAUCCCUUGCCACAUCCCCGUGCGCAGGGAGGGUCUGAUGUUGACCGCCGCCACGCAGCAAAUGGCUCUGCUCGCAACCGCAGUUCUCAGUGGCACUCGAAGGAUGGGCCCGACAGCAGCGUCACCAUGUCGGACACGUCUCGCGAGUCGUCCCGACGAAGUGAGUGGUGGCGCUUGGGUUCUCGUCGACGCAACCGGGAUUGCAGAAACGGCACCAAUGGUGGUCACUCCAAGGAGAUGAUGCUGGAUCCUGCCAUGAUGAAUGCAGAGUCGGACUCGACAUCGCCGACCAGCACCAGUCCGGGCCGGAGCAGCACCACAGGGAAGCUCAAGACGUUUUUCAAGUGGAAACCGAGAAGCAGUGAGGAGCACCACGAGAAGCAAUUGUCUUCGUUUGGAAGCUCCUCGCACCUGCGGACUCCUCCGACCAGUGACCCGGGCGUCUCGGUCAACAGUUCUGAAUGAAGCAUCGUUGGAGCCGAUUGGCAAUUCCAAUUCCGAACUGUCUUUGAGCAGCCAGGUUGUGCUCAGCCGCCAGACAGGCGAGCGCGCCGCCGCGUCUCGGGGGGUUGUGAUUCCCUACGGGAUUUCCUCGU